CGCGGGGCGAGCAAUCCUGCUCAGUCGAUGCGCCGCGUGUUUCACUGAGCGCUAUGUGUGACGGUCCUUAUAUGUGCAGCAUUUGAAUUAUAACACAUUAUCAUGGCUUCCUGGCGAGAAUAAUCCAGUUUCAUUUAUACUACUCCUGUUUUUUUGUUUUUUUUUCUUUUUCUUUUUUUUCUGCUUAAUAUGCAUGAGUAGUUUGUGAGAUUUACAAAAUGAAGAGGAACGACCGCCCUUUUAACAUGGGUACUACUGACACCUCUCUCCCCUAAUCGGAUGGAGGGGGAAAUAAGGGGGUAAUUUACUUUUUUUUUUGGUUGUAGAGGUAAAUGAAGAGGAGGUGAACGGGGGAAGGUGCAACCAUGGAUGGACUUGUCUGAGUUGGAUUCACCAUAGUACUCCUCGCUGGCAUCUUAAGUAGCAUAACAUUUGAGUAGCAGCAGUCAUGGCUGAGAGGGCAAACUUUGGGGCUCAGAGGGUCUCACGGCCACAGGGCUCACUCCCGCCAGAACCCAUCGACAUUAUCCGGACAAAAGCAAGAUCCAGAAGAGUUCGGAUCAAUGUGGGUGGGUUGGUCCAUGAGGUGCUAUGGAGAACCCUGGACCGACUGCCUCGAACCCGUCUGGGGAAACUCAGAGACUGUAACACCCACGAAACCUUAAUGGAGAUCUGUGAUGACUACAGUCUAAAUGACAACGAAUAUUUCUUUGAUAGGCACCCGGGUGCCUUUUCAUCCAUUUUAAACUUUUACCGGACGGGCAAGCUACACAUGAUGGAAGAGAUGUGCGCUCUCUCUUUUGGUCAGGAGCUUGACUACUGGGGCAUUGAUGAGAUCUAUUUAGAGUCGUGCUGCCAGGCUCGGUACCAUCAGAAGAAGGAGCAGAUGAAUGAAGAACUGAGGAGAGAGGCUGAAACUCUCAGGGAGAAGGAAGGAGAUCAGGUGGACACAGGCUGCUGUCCAGACAAAAGACAGAAGCUCUGGGAUUUGCUGGAGAAACCAAGUUCUUCUGUGGCAGCCAAGAUUCUGGCUAUAAUAUCCAUCCUGUUUAUCAUUCUCUCAACAAUAGCAUUGUCACUAAAUACUCUGCCUGAGUUACAAGUGAUUGAUGAAUUCGGACAAUCUAAUGACAAUCCAAACCUGGCCCAUGUUGAAGCUGUUUGUAUCGCCUGGUUCACUAUGGAAUAUCUCCUCCGUUUUUUGUCUUCUCCCAACAAGUGGAAGUUCUUCAAAGGACCUCUGAACGUCAUUGAUCUGUUGGCUAUACUCCCCUAUUAUGUCACAAUAUUCCUGACAGAAUCCAACAAGAGUGUCCUCCAGUUCCAGAAUGUCCGCAGGGUGGUACAAAUCUUCAGGAUUAUGAGAAUUCUUAGAAUUUUGAAACUUGCAAGACACUCUACAGGUCUUCAGUCUCUUGGGUUCACCCUCAGAAGAAGCUACAAUGAACUUGGACUGUUGAUACUGUUUUUAGCUAUGGGUAUCAUGAUCUUCUCCAGCCUGGUAUUCUUUGCUGAAAAAGACGAAGACGCUACAAAAUUCACCAGUAUUCCCGCUUCAUUCUGGUGGGCAACAAUAACCAUGACAACUGUGGGUUAUGGGGAUAUUUAUCCCCAAACCCUCCUCGGCAAAAUAGUGGGUGGUCUCUGUUGUAUUGCUGGUGUGUUAGUGAUUGCACUGCCUAUCCCUAUUAUUGUGAAUAACUUCUCUGAGUUCUACAAAGAACAAAAGAGACAAGAGAAAGCUAUCAAACGAAGAGAGGCGCUUGAGAGGGCCAAGAGGAAUGGCAGCAUUGUGUCAAUGAACCUGAAAGAUGCCUUCGCUCGCAAUAUGGAGCUAAUGGAUGUUGUAAUAGAAAAGGGUGAGGAGAAGGGCUCAGACAAUCAUCUUUCACCAAGCAGGUGGAACUAUCAAAAGAGCUCCAACUCUGACUUAAGUUCCAAAGCAUGUGAAGCAAAAUAUCAAGAAAUAGGCCAGUUGGGUUCUCCAGAUCGAGUCUUUGAACCUAGUUCAAGCCCUCAGCGGCUGAAUGCCAAAUCCCUCGAACAAAUGUACAACCAGAUGACAUCUCCAUCAGCCAUUAGCCGAAGUAGACCCUCAACCUCUAAAGGCUGCAGUGUCAGUAGAGAAGAAGAGGUGGAGAUGAAGGUAGUCCAGUGUGAACCUCGGCUAAAAGAAAGACCCAUUACUGAGAUCAGAAGUCUGUCUAGUGUUGACAGCUUCACUAGCUGCGCCACCGAUAUCAGUGAGGUUGAGAAAAUCGCACUACUGCCCAAUAUUUCAGGAAUACAGAGACAUCUACGUGCUCCUCCCCCACUUGACCUUAGCCAGAUUACCUCUCUGGACAAACGAGCACCUGAGAAAGUAAAGCACCCCACAAUCAUCAAAGAGGGCCUCUAUGAGUUUGUCCAGUGCAAGCCCGAGAGCAGCGCCACGCCGAAGGGUGAGGAGAAUCAAAGCUUCGAUCUCAGUGGUGAAAAUGUGAGGAGCUCUCCAAGAGAAAACAGCCAAGUAAAGAUCAAGGGAUUCAAAGUGAAUUUCACUGAAUCUGCAGACCAGGGGGCUACUAACUUGCAUUUUGUUGUGACAGAGGACACGGCAACACUGACACCAAAGCUACCAGCUUGUGAUCCAUUACUGCUGGCUGGUUCUCCUCGACAGAGUCCGAGGUCCCCAGGGAAAUGCUUUGAAGGGGAUGGAGCAACAAGCUCUCCAGAUUUCAGCCUGUCCUCUUCAGAAAGCCAAAGAGGGAGAAACCAUGUUGAUAGAGCAGCUGUUACUCCCACUUCCCCUAAAAGUGCACUAAACUGUGCUUCUGUUACGGUUGGUGCCAUUGGAGUGGAAGAAAGCAUUCAAAGUGGACAGAAGGUGGACAACCACCUCCUUUCUCCAGAUAUUCUCAAGUCAUCAGGGGAUGGAGGUCGGUCACCACCGUGUGAAACUAGCAUGUGAUGCACUAAGCAGCCUUGACAUAUAAAGAUUCACAGAAUGCAUGCAUCUAAGGAAGUAUGUUGACAGAAAGAGGCAUACUGAUGUAUGGAGGAUGUUCUAUUGUCUGUGUGACUCAACAUGUCUUCCACACUAUUAAUCAACGAUUAGACUGCAUAUCUGCAGCAAUGGACUUUCUGACUCUGAGAGAAAAGGUCUGCUCCCAAUUCAAGAGCUUUCUGACAUUCAUUCAGAGGGCGGACAUCAAUUAACAAAACAUACUCUUAAUAAAACAUUUUUAUUUUGUAACAGUAUGACCCUUAAUGUGAAGGAUUAGUUAGCUGUCAUUUAUUUGAAGCAUUGACUGAUCCAGGCAACUGAUUUGUUGAAGAAAAUCAUUGAUUUGCAGCCUACUCAGUAGAUGUAAGAAGCAUACACAUUUUUAAAAAGGCUAACCACUGUAACAUUUGUGUUGGGUUUGUUUAAUAGUUCUGAUCAAAGUGCUACCAGUGUAAAUUGGCAGUUAGCUUUUGACUUGAAAUAAUAUUUGACCAAAAUAUGCCUUUUGAUUUGAUAAUUUCCUUCUGAGUGCUAUGCCUCAGUGGUAAUAUGUGAUGCAACAAUUAUUCAGUAGACUCUAAUCCAUUUUUAUUUAAAUGUCGCUUGACAUGGGGGGGGGGAAUAACAAAAAUAAAACUUGUCUAUGCUAAAUAUUAUUCUGAUAUCUAUACGAGCAUGAUGGUUUAGAUAUAACAUGAGGGUGACUGUUCCCAUUUGCAUCACUGUUUAGUUGAGCCAUAGCCUACUCAGAAAAUGCAUAAAUUCAUUGUAUAAAUAGUUUAGCACGUUUACUGCUGUGGACAACACCCCAAAUUAGUAUAUCUGUAAAAACGUCUGAAGAGAUCUUUGUUUUUAUGUUGCCUUUAAUUCAGAAACAGCUAUGAAUGCAUAGUAAAUCAACUAUGCCCUCUGCUGGAUGAAGGAAAUGGCACUUUAUUUCUGAUACAUCCGUUUGAAUGGUCGUACAUUUGAUAAAUGUCAUUUUAACAUUCGUCUCCUGAUGCGCAAUAGGAAUAAUCUAGUAACAAAGAGGUCGAUGGAUGUAAAAAGCUAAAAGCAGAACUUUGAGCACUCCACCGUGAAUUGUAUGAUUUGUAUAUUAACUGUAUAUUCAAGACAUUAUUGGCUACACCCAUGUAGUGUGUAGAAACAAGUUUGUGUUAUCAAUCGUAUUCGAGAGAUUUUUAAGACAAAUUAGGCAGGACCACAAGCCCUGCUUUAAAUAUUCAAAUCUGUGCCUUUUCAUAAACAGUCAUUUAUGAGAAGGCGUUAAGAGAUUUGGUUUGGUUCAGAUAAUUCUGUACAGAAAUUCUACUUUUUAUAGAGUAAUAUAUGCAAAUACAUGUUCUCAGGUUUUUUUUAUUUUUAUGUAAUGUUAAAAGCCCUGAUGUCAUAGUUUGUUUCUAUAUUUUGCUAGUCACAUUAAAGGAUGUCUAUAACACGAUAAAAUGAACAUUUAAAAGCACUGCACGAUAGUCUAAAUAGCACAAUCAGACAUCAUGCACAGAUUUAUCAUGGAUACAACUUGAAUAUUGUAUGUACACUCCUAUACAGACUUAUUUCUGCAUUCAAGCUCAAAUUUGUGUUUUUCAUUAAGUUUGGUUCUUAGUUUGUAGAUCAGUAUGUGACAUUAGAUAUUUAUUGUUGUACAUAUUUUCUUUGAAAUAGUGACUACAUUGUUCCAGAUUCCUAGAAUGACCAUAAAACAACAAAUAAACAUUUGUACAGGACAAUAUGAUUGCUUUCUUGAAGGUAAAAACUGCAGUGCCCUUUCAAGCUCGUUAUUAAGUGGUAUCAUUGUAAGAAACUUUUCAAACAGCGGCAGCAAUCUUUUAGGUGCAGUUCAGACAUCAGAGACAAAUGUUUUACAAAGCAUUAGAUUAGCAAGGCUAUCAAAACUCAUUUUACAUUUAAAGUCAGAAGUUGACAUACUUAGGUUGAAGUCAUUAAAACUAAUUUCUUAACCACUCCACAGAUUUAAUAUUAGCAAACUAUAGUGUUGUUAAGUCAUUUAGGACAUCUACUUUGUGUAUGACAUUAGUAAUUUUUCCAACAAUUGGUUACAGACAGAUUGUUUCACUUUUAAUUUACAAUUUCACAAUUCUAGUGGGUCAGAAGUUUACAUAAACUUUGUUAACUAUGCCUUUAAGCAGCUUGGAAAAUUCUAGAAAAUGUCAAGCCUUUAGACAAUUAGCUUCUGAUAGGUGGUGUACUGAAUUGGAGGUGUACCUGUGGAUGUAUUUUAAGGCCUACCUUCAAACUCAGUGCUUCUUUGCAUGACACCAUGGGUAAAUCAAAAGAAAUCAGCCAAAACCUCAGAAAAAAAAAUUGUGGACAUCCACAAGUCUGGUUUAUCCUUGCGAGCAAUUUUCAAAUGCCUGAAGGUACCACGCUCAUCUGUACAAACAACAGUACACAAGUAUUAACAACACGGGACCACGCUGCUAUCAUACCAUACCACUCAGGGAGGAGACGCAUUCUGUCUCCUAGAGAUGAACGUAGUUUGGUGCGAAGUGCAAAUCAAUCCCAGAACAUCAGCAAAGGACCUUGUGAAGAUGCUGGAGGAAACAGGUAUACAAGUAUCUAUAUCCACAGUAAAACAUUUACUCAUUUGGCAGACGCGUUUAACCAAAGUGACUUACAAAAGAGGAACACAUAAGCGAAUCAUCUUAAAGAGACAGUGGUACGAAAAGUGCCAUAUUACAAAGUUUCACUAGCAUCAGAAUAGCAUUCAAAACAGAUUAAAGUGCAACAAGAAUUAUUUUUUUUAAACGAGUCCUAUAUCGACAUAACCUGAAAGGCUACUCAGCCAGGAAGAAGCCAAUGCUCAAACACUGCCAUAAAAAAGCCAGACUACAGUUUGCAAGUGCACAUGGGGACAAAGAUCUUACUUUAUGGAGAAAUGUCCUCUGGUUUGGUGAAACAAAAAUUAAACUUUUUGGCCAUAAUGACCAUCGUUAUGUCUGAAGGAAAAAGGGGGAGGCUUGCAAGCUGAAGAGCACCAUCCCAACCAUGAAGCAUGGUGGUGGCAGCAUCAUGUUGUGGGGGUGCUUUGCUGCAGGAGGGACUGGUGCACUUCACAAAAUGGAUGGUAUCAUGAGGAAGGAAAAUUAUGUGGAUAUAUUUAAGCAACAUCUCAAGACAUCAACCAGGAAGUUAAAACUUGGUCGCAGGGCCUGGGUAGCUCAGUGGUAAAAUAUGCUGGCUACCACCCCUGGAGUUCGCUAGCUCGAAAAUCCAGGGCAUGCUGAGUGACUCCAGCCAGGUCUCCUAAGCAACCAAAUUGGCCCAGUUGCUAGAGAGGGUAGAGUCAUAUGGAGUAAACUCCUCGUGGUCGCUAUAAUGUGGUUCUUUCUCGGUGGGGCGCAUUGUGAGUUGAGCGUGGUUGCCGCGGUGGAUGGCGUGAAGCCUCCACAUGUGCUGUCUCCGUGGCAAUGCGCUCAACAAGCCACGUGAUAAAAUGCGCGGGUUGACGGUCUCAGAUGCGGAGGCAACUGGGAUUCGUCCUCCACCACCUGGACUGAGGCAAAUCACUACACGACCACGAGGACUUAAAAGCACAUUGGGAAUUGGGCAUUCCAAAUUGGGAGAAAAAUAAACUCGGUCGCAAAUGGGUCUUCCAAAUAGACAAUGACCCCAAGCAUAGCUCCAAAGUUGGGGCAAAAUGGCUCAAGGACAACAAAGUCAAGGUAUUGGAGUGGCCUUCAAAGCCCUGAUCUCAACCCAAUAGAAAAUUUCUGGGCAGAACUGAAAAAGCAUGUGCGAGCAAGGAGGCCUACAAACCUGACACGGUUACACCAGUUCUGUCUGAAGGAAUGGGCUGAAAUACCAGCAACUUAUUGUGAGAAGCUUGUGGGAGGCUACCCAAAACGUUCGACCCAAGUUAAACAAUUUAAAGGCAAUGCUACUAAAUACUAACAAAUUGUAUAUAAACUAAUGACCAGCUGGGAAUGUGAAAUAAAAUAAAAGCUGAAAUAAAGCAUUCUCUCUACUAUUAUUCUGAUAUUUAACAUUCUUAAAAUGGUGAUCCUAAUUGACCUAAGACAGGGAAUGUUUUCUAUGAUUAAAUGUCAGGAACUGUGA